AAAUUUCUGACAAUCUUGGGUUCUAUUUGGAUUCCAAGGAGAGUACUGGAUUCCCGAGUGUGUCGGACCCCUCGGGUUGCUCUUGAAAAUGGUCUGUAACAAAGAUCUCACUUACGAGGAAUUCUUGGAUCAGAAACCACCACUACAAGAAGUUAUUGCUUAUAUCGAUAUUGAAAACGAAUGGCUUAUGUUAGGAGUAAUACUGGCACUGACCAAAGAUGCUAUAUAUCAGCUACCAAGGGGUACUAUCGCUGGAAAACCCGUAUCACUCCUCGAGUUGUGGUUGAAGACUCCUACUGCGAGCAGGAGACAAUUGCUGGAAGGAUUGAGGAAAGAUCCAGCUAAACAGGAUGCUGCUGAAAAUUUUGAAAGGCAUCUCAAUGACACUUAUGAGGCAGCAGAUUGCAAACAAGCGGAAUUGGAUAAGAAACCUGGAAGCUUUGUGUCAGGAAAGGAUAUAGCUAUGGUGGAACCAAAAGAAAACCAAUCACAUGUACCUGCAUCUGAUUCUGAGCAUAGAAUGAAGAUGAAAGAUUAUGAAAUUGAGAAUUUAAAAGAGAAGGAAAGUGAAUUAAAUUCUGAGAUUCGAGAGUUGCGAGCUAAUCUUGGAGCUAAUGAAGAAAAGCUAAACAAUAUUGUGAAGAAGAAGGACUCUGAGAUUGAGACUUUAAAUGCCACUAUUGAAAAGAAGGAAAGUGAGUUGCAAGCUACCAUUCUUAGUAAUGAAGAAAAGAUUAUUGAGAUUGAGGACAAAAUGAAAUUAUCCAUCAAAGAUAAGGAAAAUGAAUUUAAUUCUGAGAUUGAAGAGUUGAAAGCUUUUAUUCGUCGUAAAGAAGAAGAGAUUUUUGAAUCACAAGAGAAAUUAAAAAUGCACCAAAAGAUCAGUAAAAUGAAAGACCUUGAAAUUGAGAAUUUAAGAGCUAGGCUUGAAAGGAGAGAGCAAGAUAUAAAAUGGGGUAGUUUUGAAGUGCACCUUACCUCUCCAUCAGCAGAACAGUGUAAAGAUGUCCUAACAAGAAUAGAGGACAAACAUCAACACGUUUACCUCAGUGAUUCAUCUUCCAGUAUUGCUCAGUUGCUAGUGGGACCUCUGCUGCAAAUCAAAAAUAUUAGGAGUCUAUAUAUUUUCUCAACUCCUUUAACACAGCAAUUUUUUGACUUUUUCUCAUCUCAAAUUUCGGGUAAUGAUACAUUAGAGAGUUUGUAUCUCAAUCACAAUUCCAUUAGUGACGUUGGGGUCACUACUCUAGUGCAAUCAUUAAAACCUAACAGGAAACUUCAGUACUUAUCUCUUGAGUUUAAUACUCAAAUUACUUCACUCAGUGUUCCAUUACUUGCUGACCUUAUAUGUAGCAACUGCACAUUGUCUGUUCUUGAUGUUUCUAAUACUAGCAUUGAUGCUGAUGGAGUGCUGGAUCUGGUUGACUCUCUUAAGUUCAACACGAAACUCGGAAAGCUUGUAGUAGAUCAGAAACACAAAGCAAUAUGUUCUCAAUUUGUUGGCAGACUAGACUUUUCUUACAAAUCUACUACUGCUUAUGAAAAUUUUGGAACAACUAAAGUUGUAUCAUGAUUAAACUGAGUGCAUAGCAUUACAAUAUCAAAUUAUCAAUUUAAUCCCACCCUGUAGAUUAAUUUUUUGUUUUGUACUU